GGUGCAUUGGGUCCCGCCCUCGCUCGCCCUAGCGCUGUGCAGGGUAUGAGGACUGAGGGCGGCUGUGGUCUGGCGGUCUCUGCGGACUGUGCGGCGCUCGUCUCGGGACAGAUGGGCUAUGGAAGCGAUGCCCGCUGCGGUCUGUGAUCGCUGUGCUCCGGAGAGGCGUGCGUUCUGCUGGGCAAGGAUGCGACAAUAUCACCGAGACGUGCCAGCUAUCAGCAGCAUCCCGGAGGUGAAGGGAAUGGUUCUGAUCUGCUGAAUGGUGCGACUGCAGGCACACCUAUGAACGUCCAUGCCAUGGGUGUGAACGAUUACCGCGAAGUUUGAAAAAUCGCAUUGACAGAAAAAUAUCUGCUGGGGAAGGUCAUGGCUCACUUUGCUCCUUGGAAACUUUCUUCUCAGAAGCUCGGCUUCUUCCUGGUGACUUUUGGUUUCAUAUGGGGCAUGAUGUUGCUUCAUUUUACGAUUCAGCAGCGAACUCCGCACGAGAGCAGCACCGUGCUCCGCGAACAGAUUUUGGAUCUCAGCAAAAGAUACAUCAAAGCUCUGGCGGAAGAAAAUGGGAACGUAGUAGACGGCCCAUAUGUCGGCACCAUGACAGCAUAUGACCUGAAGAAGACGCUGGCAGUUCUUCUGGAUAAUAUCUUGCAGCGUAUCGGGAAGUUGGAGUCUAAAGUAGAUACGCUGGUGAUGAAUGGUACUGGAUCCAACUCUACCAAUGGUACCACGACGUCCAUGCCCAGUAUUGCUGCUGCCGAAAAAGUAAAUGUUGCAGAUCUGAUUAAUGGAGCCCAAGAGCAGUGUGACUUGCCUCCCAUGGAUGGCUACCCUCACUGUGAGGGUAAAGUAAAGUGGAUGAAGGACAUGUGGCGUUCUGACGUUUGCUACUCCAGUUACGGCGUUGACGGAUCCACCUGCUCGUUUUUUAUUUACCUCAGUGAGGUUGAAAAUUGGUGUCCUCGCCUGCUGUGGAGAGCUGUUAACCACAAAGAGGAAACGGAUAAAAGGACAAUGACCGAAAUCCAUACAGAUUUUGACGAACUCUACAAAGUUAUGUCAAGGCGUGAGGAGUUUCGCUGGAUGACGCUGAGAAUAAAGCGGAUGGACGAUACCUGGAUAGAAGCAAUCAAAUCUCUGGCAGAAAAACAAAAUCUGGAGAAACGGAAAAGGAAGAAGAUCCUCGUUCAUCUGGGAUUACUGACAAAGGAAUCGGGAUUCAAGAUAGCUGAAAAUGCGUUUAGUGGCGGGCCGCUCGGUGAAUUAGUCCAGUGGAGUGACUUAAUUACAUCUCUUUACUUAUUGGGCCAUGAUGUCAGGAUUUCAGCUUCAAUAGCCGAGCUGAAAGAGAUCAUGAAGAAAGUGGUGGGGAACAGAUCGGGAUGUCCUACCCAGGGAGACAAGGUGGUGGAACUCAUCUACAUAGACAUCGUGGGACUUGCGCAGUUCAAGAAGACCCUUGGUCCAUCCUGGGUUCAUUAUCAGUGUAUGCUCAGAGUUCUGGACUCAUUUGGGACGGAACCAGAAUUUAAUCAUGCUCACUAUGCGCAGUCGAAAGGACACAAAACUCCAUGGGGGAAGUGGAAUCUGAACCCUCAACAGUUUUACACCAUGUUCCCUCACACACCUGACAACAGCUUCCUGGGGUUCGUGGUUGAGCAGCAUCUCAAUGCCAGCGACAUCAGACACAUGAAUGACAUCAAACGCCAGAACCAGUCGCUAGUCUACGGGAAAGUCGACAAUUUCUGGAAGGACAAGAAUACGUAUCUGGACAUCAUCCACACCUUCAUGGAAGUACAUGGCACCGUCCAUGAGAAGGGUACAGUCCACAUGCCCAAUUACGUGCAGAAUCACGGAAUACUCAGCGGACGGGACCUGCAGUUCCUGCUUAGAGAGACCACACUUUUCGUUGGCUUGGGUUUCCCAUACGAAGGUCCAGCCCCGCUUGAAGCCAUUGCCAAUGGCUGCGCUUUCUUGAACCCCAAAUUCGACCCACCAAAAAGCAGCCGAAAUACGGACUUCUUUAAAGGCAAGCCGACUCUGCGAGAGUUGACAUCGCAGCAUCCGUAUGCUGAAGUGUACAUAGGGAAGCCUCACGUCUGGACGGUGAACAUCAACAACCCCGAUGAAGUUGAGAAGGCCGUGAAGGCGAUAAUGAAUCAGAAGAAUGAACCGUAUCUGCCCUACGAGUUUACAUGUGAAGGGAUGCUGCAGAGGGUGAACGUCUUCAUUGAAAAACAGGACUUCUGUCACGGACAGGUCAUGUGGCCGCCAUUAAGCUCCCUGCAGGUGAAGUUAGCACAGCCGGGUAAGUCCUGCAAACAAGUGUGCCAGGAGAACCAGCUCAUCUGUGAGCCCUCAUACUUCCAGCAUCUCAACAAAGAUAAAGACCUGGCCAAGUUCGGGAUCCACUGCCAGUCGUCGGACACUGCGAAUGACGUUGUGGCCCCGUCGAUUGACGACAGCAAAAAACAAUGCAUCUUUCAAGGGGAUCUGUUGUUGUUCAGCUGCGCAGGGUCUCACCCCAACCACAGGAGGGUCUGUCCCUGCAGAGACUACAUGAAAGGACAGGUGGCUCUCUGCAAGGACUGUCUAUAGCACCCCAUGCCCCCCUCAUCCGGAUAGAAUCCAUUCAGCGCUGGUGCCGGGGUAUGGUAGGAUUUCUUGCCCUCUUUAGACAUCGGCAUCCUUGGAAAUGGGCAGGUGUCUCGCCCUUAAAGGGACGCUCUUCUAAUGCCAUUUUCCAGUGAACUACUUUGAAAUACAUGAAAAAAAAUGGUUGAGAGAACAUGUCCACCUCUGCUCUGGUCACGCAGCAGAUUUCCCAAACCGUCCACUGUUGUACUGAGCAGGCCCCGUCUGAUAAGACGUCUCGGGAACGCAAGGGCGCCGUCUUGUACUCGGCCCUCCACGCAUGCUGCAGAGGUGGUGGAGGAACUCGUAAACGGCCAACCGCGUGCGACCGCAUGACUACUCCACAAGAUAAGCUACUGAUGGUCUGCAGAACGGUGGUUGUCAGAAUUUGAGGCCGUAUGCUAAAAAAAAUAAAGUAAUCCUGCCCAGCCCGUUUCAGGUUCCAGACACUGCCAGGCGAUUGGACGACGGCACGCUUGACUCUUCCCAGGAUCCUUUGGGACAAAAAAAAAUGUUUGUAGAGCCGUUGUGUGGUCAUAAUGCUGUCUUAGCUAGUGAUGGAGGUAGUGUAGCCAAAGCCAGUGCUUAAAGAGACGGUAGCAUUAGAAUUACAGAGGAAAUAUAUAUAUAUAUACGUACACAGCUUGUACAGGAUAUUGAUUUUUUUAAGGGCAUGUCUGUGAGAUAAUUAUGUAUAUAUUUAAUGUGGAGUAUUUUUAUUUAUGACACAGAGAGGGUGCGCAUUUUUCUAAGUUCAUAAUAAUUUAAUGUUUUUUUUUUUUUGUUUGUGUAAUUUGACCUUUUUGCUGCAAAGUGAAGGGAGCCAUUUUGUCAGGUUUUCAGCUUCAUGAGGUAUGAGGCACGUGAAACCUCAGCGAUGCUUAAAGGAAAGGGUCUGCUUUUGCAAUAACUUUUCAUUGCACCAGUGCAUGUGAAAUGCAGUCUCAAUUAAAAAACCCCCAUCGUUCUGUGCGUACAGCUCCUAUGCAGACCUUUGUUUCUAUGGUAACAGACUACAAACAAUGUGUAGUCUGAGGUUGCAGUGGUAUUGCCAUGAGUCUGUCCUCUAGUUCCUGCUAACCUACAGAAUGUAAGCUCUUAGAAAGUAGGGGACCGAUAGAGAUUAGUGCGAGUGCAGGCUCUGACUACGCCAUGUAGUCUGUUACCAUGGAGAUGCAUAGUUCUGCAUAGGAUAUGUAGAGACAAACGUAAAAGAAUUUUUUUUUUAAUUUUUACGCUAUAUUGAGAAAAAAAAAUUGGUUGUGAAGGUGCGCCUUGCCUUUAGGGACUGGAAUCUCAUGCACCUGCUACAAAAUAAAUUGGGGGCUUUGGGAUUCACUGCA